UCUAUUUUAUAGCUGUCAAAUAGAAAAGCUGCUCUAAAGCAGUAAUUUGUUUGCAAGUUAAUACGUAUAUUUAGUGUUUUUUUUAGUUUGAAAGAAAUAUACUAGCAUUUUCGAAUCAUGACGACUGCCGCUCGACCAACCUUUGAUCCAGCUCGUGGAGGCAGCGGUCGUGGUGAAAAGGAUCUCAGUGCUUUGUCGAAACAAUACAGCAGCAGAGAUCUUCCAGCGCACACAAAGCUGAAAUAUAGAGAUCCCGGCCAAGGAACUUCGGAAGAAUUACGCAGCCGUGAUUUCCGAGAGGAACUCGAGAAACGCGAACGUGAAACCAAACCAGGAAGUAGCAAAGCAAAUUCGUCAGCUCCCCCGUCGUCGGUGGUUCGUCGUGCCAUCGAAGCCAACAGCAACAGUGGCACCAAGCGACAGAAAACAGAUGGUGCCCCACAAAAUCUGGAUGCUGAUGAUCCAGUAGAAAGCGACAAUUCCGACUCGGAUUCGGACGAAGAUGAUACGGAAGCGCUGUUGGCGGAGUUGAACAAGAUCAAACGAGAGCGGGCUCAGGAAGCCACCAAAAAGGAACUGGAAAAACGACACGAAGAGGAACGCAUCAGAAUGGAAAACAUUCUUUCGGGGAAUCCAUUGUUGAAUUAUGCCUCGACAGCCAAGGCGGAACUGAAGGUCAAGCGACGGUGGGAUGACGACGUGGUGUUCAAAAAUUGUGCUCGCUCGGAACCGGACAAGAAAGGUGCGUUGUUUAUCAACGAUUCGCUGCGUUCCGAAUUCCACAAAAAGUUUAUGGAUAAGUACAUUAAGUAAGAUAGGUGUUUGUAACUCAUAAUACAUAAAAUAAUAAAUUGAUAAUAAAAUAGAGAUUAAUUAAAAUAGUUAAUCAUCAUUGA